AUGACCUCACCGUACCCAAGAUUAGUUCGGGGAAUUACAUUCGAUCGCUGUAAUAAGUUUUUAUCACGGAAUUUCUAUUCGGACGUAAAUCUAUAUUCUCAACUUUACAAGAAAUGUGAAAGCUCUAAGGACUAUAUUGAACUUCGCGUUUAUUCAGUUCCAAAUUUGAACCGUAUUACCUUUGAAGAGGCUAUAAAAUGUGAAUACAAAAAGGCUGAAUGUGGUGACAAAUUUGGUCCAAGUUGGUCGACACACUGGUUUCAUAUAUCUGUCAAGGUUCCUGAAAAUUGGAAAAAUGAAGAAGUACAUUUCAUAUGGGAUUCUGAUAGUGAGGGAAUGAUUUGGACUGUAAAAGGAGUUCCUCUUCAGGGUCUCACCGGUGGUUAUGGUAGCGAUCGUAGAGCAGAUUAUAUUCUUACGCGAUGUUGUAAAGGUGUAGAAAAGUUCGAAUUUUAUCUGGAAAUGGCAUGUAAUGGCAUGUUUGGCAAUGGAAGUAAUACAAUAAAUCCCCCGGAUCCAAACAGAACUUUUCGUCUAACUACGGCGGAAUUGAAGGUUCCUAACAAGGAUGCAUGGGGUCUAUUCUAUGACUUUCAAAUUAUACUUGAUAUGGCUAAAGAAAUUCCUGAGGAUACCGUUCGAUCAGCUCAGGCUCUUUAUAUUGCCAAUAAUAUCAUCAAUGUUUUUCGGCCAGGAGACAAUAAAUCAAUUCUUGAAUGUCGUAAAAUGGCUCAAGAAUUUCUGAAAAACAAAAAUGGAAGCACACAACAUAAAUUGACCGCGGUUGGUCACUGUCAUAUCGAUACUGCUUGGUUAUGGCCGUAUGAUGAGACUAAACGUAAAAUAGCUCGAAGCUGGUCAACUCAAGUUGGACUUAUGGAUAUAUAUCCGGAUUAUAAAUUCGUGUGCUCUCAAGCUCAACAAUUUGAAUGGUUACAAGAACAUUAUCCGAAGUUGUUUGACAUAGUCAAAAAUAAAGUUGAAAAGGGUCAGUUCUUGCCAAUUGGUGGAACUUGGGUUGAGAUGGAUUGUAACAUUCCCAGUGGAGAAUCAUUUUGUAGACAGUUUUUAUAUGGUCAAAGAUUCUUUGAACAUAACUUUGGAAAGAAAAGCAAAGUAUUUUGGCUUCCAGAUACUUUUGGUUAUUCUGCUCAGUUGCCACAGAUAAUCAGGGGUGCCGGACUUAAAUAUUUUUUCACUCAAAAGUUAUCAUGGAAUAAUAUAAACAAGUUCCCCAACACAACUUUCUAUUGGGUGGGACUUGAUGGUAGUAAGGUUCUGACACACAUGUGUCCAGCAGAAAGCUAUGUUUCUCAAUGUACCCCAGGAGAACUUGUUAAUAGUGUUAAAAAUCACAAGGAUAAAGAAUAUAGCAACGAAAGUCUUUUAGUCUUUGGAAAUGGAGAUGGUGGAGGUGGUCCACUUGCUUCUAUGAUCGAACGUUUAAAUCGAAUGAAAGAUAUUGAUGGGCUGGCUAAAGUUGAGAUGGGAUCUGCUGAAGAAUUUUACGAAAGAAUUGAAGAGAGUUCUAAAGAAUUAGUAUCUUGGAAGGGAGAAUUAUAUUUUGAGCUUCACCGAGGUACAUAUACUACACAUGGUAGUAUCAAGCGAUUCAAUCGUAAAUCGGAAUUGCUUUUGCGAAAUGUUGAGCUAAUUUCAACUAUUAAUCUCAUUAAAUCGCAAACCGAAAACAAGGAAUCCAACUAUAAUUAUCCAAAAAAAGAAUUGGAUAAAUUAUGGAAAUAUGUUUUAUUGAAUCAGUUUCACGAUGUAUUGCCAGGGUCGUCUAUUGAAAUGGUUUAUGUUGAUGCUACUAAGUAUUAUAAGGAAGUUGAAGAAAAAGGAAAUUUACUUCUUGAAAAUGCUUUCGAUGAAUUAUUCCAAAUUCCAAAGAGUUCCGAAUCUUCCGAAAAAGGAUUAUUGGCUUAUAAUACGCUUGGUUGGAAUAGGACUGAAGUAGUUGAAGUUCCUGUGUGUGAAGGAGUAGACAAAUUACCACAAGUUUCAGUUGACGAGAAAACUGGAUUUAUACUGGUUAACGAUGUCGUUGGAAUUGGAGCACAAGGAAUUGAUCUAGGAAUUCCCACCAAUUUUUCACCACAUGGGAUGGGUCGUGAGGCAGAACUUGGCACUGUCAAGAUAUUUGAAACGGGACCACUUAAAGCGUCAUUGCUACUUGAAUCUAAAAUUACCGCAACGAGUACGUUGCGUCAAGUUAUAUCAUUAAGUGCAGUUUCAUCAAGAAUUGACUUUGAUACAACGGUAAAUUGGGAUGAAAAUAGGCAAUUCUUGGCUACUUAUGAAACUCAAUUUGGGUUCAUUCAACGACCCACACAUUAUAAUACCACCUGGGAUUCAGCCAAAUUUGAAGUAUGCGGACACAAAUUUGCUGAUUUAUCAGAGUACGGAUACGGUGUAGCAUUGUUGAACGAUUGUAAAUAUGGUUAUGCUGUUCAUGGAAAUGUGAUGAGAUUAUCUCUUUUAAGAUCACCAAAGGCACCAGAUGCUCAUUGUGACAUAGGAGUGCAUAAUUUCAAAUAUGCGAUCCUUCCGCAUGCUUGUUCCUUCUUGGAAUCAAAUGUUGUUAGAGAAGCAUACCAAUUUAAUGUUCCUCUAUUUGUUAGACCCACAUCCAAGGAGAUUGUACAAACAUAUAACACUAAAUCAUAUUUCACAAUUUCUAACGCCCCAAAUGUUAUUUUGGAUACCGUAAAGCGCGCCGAAGAUUCUGACGGGAUUAUCUUGAGAUUAUUUGAAGCAUAUGGGGGUCAUGCUAAAGCUAUUUUGACAAGCUCGCUUCCGUUAGAUAAUAUUUAUGAAACAAACAUUUUGGAAGAACAUACUUGUUUUAUUAACUAUAAUCAUCAGGAUGGUGCGGUUAUUCAAUUCAAACCAUUCCAAGUCAUCACAUUAAAAAUGAAUUUGAGGGUACAUUGGACAGUUCAAGUUGAUACAUUAAGUUCUGGAUAUGUGAAAUUCAGCUUUUUUGUCAUUAAAGUUAGAAUUGUUGCAUUAUUAACUUGGAGAAGAGAUCAAGAUAUCGGCGUUCAUUGGGGAUGA